GGGAGGAGCAGUAGGAGGCGCCAUGCAGGAGGAGGUAUCGAAUUUUGGCCAAUCAAAAAAAGGUGUCUUGUGUGGACGUCAUUAGCAUGUGGGUCUGUAAAUAGAGCGGGCGCGAGGCGGGCGUUAGUCAUUUUCUGUUCGUUUAUUCGAGAAGCAGCAUUAUGCCCGAUCCAGCCAAGACCGCGCCCAAGAAGGGAUCAAAGAAAGCCGUGACCAAGACGGCCGGCAAAGGAGGCAAGAAGCGCAGAAAGUCCCGGAAGGAGAGCUACGCCAUCUACGUGUACAAGGUCCUGAAACAGGUGCACCCUGACACCGGCAUCUCAUCCAAGGCCAUGGGCAUCAUGAACUCCUUCGUGAAUGAUAUUUUUGAGCGCAUCGCCGGUGAGUCUUCUCGUCUGGCUCACUACAACAAGCGUUCCACUAUCACCUCCAGGGAGAUCCAGACCGCCGUGCGCCUGUUGCUUCCCGGCGAGCUGGCCAAGCACGCCGUGUCCGAGGGCACAAAGGCCGUCACCAAGUACACCAGCUCCAAGUAAAGCGCGUUACCGCCGUCUUCAUCAACCCAACGGCUCUUUUAAGAGCCACCCACUUUUCAUACAAAGAGCAAUCAAUUUUCUUUCGCUUUCUCUCUUGCUGUGUGUGUGUGUGUGUGUGUGUGUGUGUGUGUGUGUGUGUGAGUGAGAGAGAGGGGGGGCACUUCUGAAGUGCUGCUCUCCCACGAAUGUUCAGGCUUUUGGGUAAUUCUAGCAGUCUGAUAAAUGCAGAGAUGAGUACAACUCAACAGGGUUGUAGCACGGUUUCUCGGGCUUGUAUAAUCUGAGCAAUGCAAAAUGGGGCUUUAGCAGCACAAAGUUUUAUUAAGACUAGCAACAGGAAGUAACUGAAA